AUGAAGGACCACAAUGGGAAGUCGGGGAAUGUAACUCGAACAUGGGCCGAUUUCGAUUUAUUGGAUGGUUUGAUUGGAUCCAAGCCUUGUAUAUCACCUGUUGCCACUGCAUCAUUCUCUAGAAAAAGAGUUAAUUCUGAACCAGAAUACUCUUCUGUUCUUACUGUUAACUCCAAUAAUUAUGACCAACCAAGGAAAAAGUUAAAUCAAAUGCCUUCUGUGGAUAAGGUUAUAUUUGCUAUUGAAGAAAACAGAAAAAUAUCAGAGGAAAGUAGAGAAAAGAGACAUGUAGAAAAAAUUGAACAAAAAAAAGAGGCUCUUGGUCUUCUAGCAAGAAUAGUUGCUGUUUUAGAAAAAAAAACAUGA